GCGCCGGGGAGCCCCGGGCCGCCCAUGAUGGGCUCCGUGCUCCCGGCUGAGGCCCUGGUACUCAAGACGGGGCUGAAGGCGCCGGGGCUGGCGCUGGCCGAGGUCAUCACCUCCGACAUCCUGCACAGCUUCCUGUACGGCCGCUGGCGCAACGUGCUCGGGGAGCAGCUCUUCGAGGACAAGAGCCACCACGCCAGCCCCAAGACGGCCUUCACCGCCGAGGUGCUCGCGCAGUCCUUCUCGGGCGAGGUGCAGAAGCUGUCCAGCCUGGUGCUCCCAGCGGAGGUGAUCAUUGCGCAGAGCUCCAUCCCUGGCGAGGGUCUCGGCAUCUUCUCCAAGACGUGGAUCAAGGCGGGCACCGAGAUGGGCCCCUUCACCGGCCGGGUGAUCGCCCCAGAGCAUGUGGACAUCUGCAAGAACAACAACCUCAUGUGGGAGGUGUUCAAUGAGGAUGGAACGGUGCGCUACUUCAUCGAUGCCAGCCAGGAGGACCACCGGAGCUGGAUGACCUAUAUCAAGUGUGCACGUAACGAGCAGGAGCAGAACCUGGAGGUGGUCCAGAUCGGCACCAGCAUCUUCUACAAGGCCAUCGAGAUGAUCCCACCGGACCAGGAGCUGCUGGUGUGGUAUGGAAACUCACACAACACCUUCCUGGGGAUCCCUGGUGUGCCCGGGCUAGAGGAGGACCAGAAAAAGAACAAGCAUGAGGACUUCCAUCCGGCGGACUCGGCGGCGGGCCCCGCAGGCCGCAUGCGCUGCGUCAUCUGCCACCGCGGCUUCAACUCGCGCAGCAACCUGCGCUCGCACAUGCGCAUCCACACGCUGGACAAGCCCUUCGUGUGCCGCUUCUGCAACCGCCGCUUCAGCCAGUCGUCCACGCUGCGCAACCACGUGCGCCUGCACACGGGCGAGCGCCCCUAUAAGUGCCAGGUGUGCCAGAGCGCCUACUCGCAGCUGGCGGGCCUACGCGCACACCAGAAGAGCGCGCGCCACCGGCCACCCAGCGCCGCGCUGCAGGCGCACUCGCCAGCGCUGCCCGCCCCGCACGCGCACGCGCCCGCGCUCGCCGCCGCCGCCGCGCACCACCUGCCGGCCAUGGUUCUGUGAGCGCGCCCGCGCCCCCGCCCGGCCCCGCGCGCCCCUCGCCCUCCGCCCAGAUCCCCUGCCCUGCUGGGGGUGCUCCCCGGAAGUGGCCCCCAGGCACCCCCGCCUCGCCCCAUCUCGCAGAUGAGGGCGCUGAGCGCGGCGUCCCUCCCUAGGCCGCGCAGCUGGUGCGGCUGCUAGGCCGCCUCCUCUGGGAGGGGGUCCUCCUGCCCGACCUCCGCCCGGAGUUCCCCUCCUGCUGUAGAGCCGGGCGCCUAGACUGGCAUCCCUCUCGUGGGUGGCAGGAGAGCGGACUUAGAGCCCCCCAGGGCCCCUCAGCAGAGGAAGGGGAGUUCCGACCUCCGCCAGCGAGAGUCCGGUGCUUCGGAAUGGAGGGAGGGCGACCUCAUCGUCAGGGUGCGGCCUGGUUCGGGGGUUGGGGGGGGCGCCAUCUCCUUUUCCGUCCCCUGGGACUGGUGUCCUGAAGUGUCGGGAGACCUGACGCAGCCUGGACAGGCGCGGGCUACUGGGGUCCAUCGGAAGCCAGAAGAGACCCGGAGAGAUCUGCAUCUUCAGGGUCCCUCUCUCCUUUAGGCCACCUUACCCCAAACCUGGCUCCUGGGGAAUGGAUGAACAAGGAGUUCUUUGCAGUGCGCCAGGCAGGUAGAGAGUAAAGGCACAACGGAAAACCUCUGUAGGACCCCGAGCAAGACCCUGCACCACUUUGGGCCUCAGUUUCCCCAUCUGUAAAAUGAGAGAGUUGGACCAAUGCCCCCUCCCCUUCAGUUGUGACAUCAUGCCUGGGGAAGGCGAAAGUUUCCCCCAGCCCCUUCCAACACACACACUCCAGCGAGAGGAGAGCAAGACUGGAACCGCUGCCCUGGAGGUUAUGGUGGCUUCUGUGGCCUAGAAGCGUUUCCAAGGUGUGCCCAGUCCCAGGACUUCCGCCCCGUCUGCCCACACUUCCUUGGUCCGUGUCCGUUUCCCCAAACUCCGGCCGUGCGCGCCCUCUGGUGUCACCUCUCACACCUUGCAGUCAUUUACCAGGAUUCCCGUGGGGCGUUUUGUAAAAUAAAGAAACUAUAAUAUUAAUGAAAAGUUUAAAAUGUAUAGAGUUUUCAAGAAACUGUGUUCUACUUCCAGAAAAAUGGUCACUUUAACCUUGUAAAUAUUUAUCUAAAAUGAUAUUUACAAACUGUGAUAUAAUAUUAUUUGAUUGUAUAUGUACAACUGUAAAUACAUUUGUACCUCUCUUGUAUUCUAAAAUAAAAUUACUUGGAGCAUUUAUCAUUUA